AUGUCACUAGUACAUUUGGCUAACACGUGCGCGCACAUCCAAAAUUGUUCCAGAGCCAAAAUCUCUCUGACGGCAAUACCCUUUACCAGAUUGCAUUUAAGUUUUGCUUACAGCCUGUACAAACAUGGGUUUUUGACCACAUUGCAGAAGGGGUCGACGAAAGGUCCGGAUACAACUCCUGUCACUGUGACGCCAGAUAACGUAUCAACCAGGAGGCUUUGGAUUGGACUGAAAUACCGUGAGAAUCGUCCUGUAAUAUCUUCGUGCAGACUGAUUUCCAAACCUAACUUGCGGAUCACACUUCCUUUCGAAGAUCUCAGGAAGUUGUGUACCGGUGUCACUGUGAGAUUAAUCAAGCCAUUGCAACCAGGCGAACUGAUCUUGGUGCGGUGUGGGAAAGAUUUGCUGGACAUCAAUGAAGCUGUGGCCAAAAAAUUAGGCGGCGAAGUAUUAUGCAGAAUAAGAUGA